UGCUGUCUGCUUGAGAGUGGAGUCUUUCGGCAGGUCAAUGACUCGAGGUUCAUACUGCUUGAAUUGUGGCAUCUCAGCAGCCACCUUUCCAGGAGUACGCUGUGGAGCUUUGAUGGGUUCAAUUACUACUACGAUUCAUAUAUGAACCACGUAACGACUUUGUUCUUCAUUACCGUUAGUUUUCAAUGGAACAGGGUCUGGUUUGGGCUUGAUCUUUGGCGGAGGUGCGGCAGGGGCUGGCUUAGCUGGCGGUGCAGGAGCAGCUUUCGGUGCGGCCGGAGCUGCUGCAGGUUUAGCUGGAGCCUUCGGUUGUGCUGCUGCUGCUUUCUGUUGAGCUUGUUGGGCUUUAGCUCUCUCCUGCGCCUCGAUUUGAGCCUUUCUCGCCUUUUCAAGUGCUUCUGCUUGAGCUUUCUUGGCUUGUGCUUCAGCCUGAGCCUUUGCCUGAGCUGCUUUAGCUUUAGCUUCUUCCUGUGCUUUUCUCGCCUGAGCCUCCGCUUGUGCUUUUGCCUGAGCCGCCUUUGCCUGAGCAUCAGCUAACGCCUUUGCUUGCGCUGCUGCUUUUGCCUUUUCCUCUGCUUCCUUCUUAGCCUUCGCUUCGGCUUCCGCUUUGGCCUGCUGGACUUUUCGGAGAGCUUCUUCUUGAGCCUUCCUUGUUUGUUCCUCCGCUGCUCUCAGUGCUGCUUCUUGUUGUGCUUUCAUUUGUGCCUGGCGCUCCUCGGCUGCCUUCCUUUCAGCUUCCGCCUGGGCUCUGGCCUGCAAAGAGCACAUAAGUGUUGA